ACGCGAAUCAAGAUCGGUUAUUAAUGCAUACAUUUGUACAUAAAAUAAAACCAAAACAAAUUUCUUUAUUAGUUAUAAAUUAACCAGGGUGUUGUAUGUAGUGUUUUCACGGUACGGUCGUUUCGAAAUAAAGUUUCACUAUAUAAAAACAUUUUGAUAUUCAGAAGCAUUGAUUGAAGUGAUAGUCACCAUGCCGAUCCUACGAUAUUAUUCAAAACACACAUGGAGCGAAUCCCAUAAGUUAAGAAUAUUAAAACAAAUGCAUCAAAUUUGUGAAAAUAUUUCUGCAUUAGAACUGGAGAUAUGCUAUCAUGUAGAAUCAACUACUCCAAUUGGAAUCGAUACACAGCAAGAAUUUCUGCUGCGGUGGUUACUAAAAGAGGCACAAUGCGACGUAUCUUCAUUAAAGAAUAAAAGCUCAUUCAUUAGCCAAUCCCAUUCCUGUCUGAUCGAGAUAGGUCCACGUUUUAAUUUUUCCACUGCUUUCUCAACAAAUUGCGUUAAUAUAUGUCAAAAUGUUGGCUUGAAUCAUGUGAAUCGAAUAGAGUCGUCUACUCGUUAUUUUAUUGGCCUAAAUUCAAUUACAUCACUUACAGAAAAAAUGAAGUCAGAAAUCAUUGAUUUACUCGCUGAUCGUAUGACCGAAUGUGAAUAUACCAGCCAAAAUUUACCGAUAAAUAGUUUUAAUGAACAUCUACCCAAAAGCCAAUUGCCUUGGUAUCACGUGCCUAUUUUGUCUGAUGGCCGUCAUGCGCUGGAGAAGGUUAACUCGGAACUGGGACUAGCAUUUACCGAAUGGGAUAUAGACUACUACUUUCUCCUCUUUAAAGAAGUCUUAAAAAGAGAUCCAACAACAGUAGAACUCUUCGAUUGCGCUCAGAGUAAUAGCGAGCAUUCCCGUCAUUGGUUUUUUCGUGGGAAGAUGAUCAUCGAUGGACAAGAACAACCUGACUCUUUAAUUAAAAUGAUAAUGAAUACACAAGAUCAUACAAAUACCAAUAAUACUAUUAAAUUCAGUGACAAUAGUAGUGCCAUUCGCGGUUUUUCUUACAAAUCAAUACGGCCGCAAAAAUUUAAUGAACCGAGUCGCGUCCAACUCACGGCAACAGAAUCGGAUUUAAUUUUUACAGCGGAAACACAUAAUAUGCCAACGGCAGUUGCGCCAUUCAGUGGAGCUACGACCGGUACUGGUGGCAGAUUAAGGUAUGUGCCAUUGUUAUAUGGCGAAUGCAUGGAAAUGAUGCGCAAAAAGGCUCACAAUAAAAAUAUUUGGAUUUCCAUUGACGAGACUACAGAUACGGAACAACGACUGAUAGCAAAUUUUAUAUUUGGUAUACUGGAUGUGAACGACGUUGAGGAAAAAGAUAAAUCAUAUUUACUGAAUGUUUGCGAAAUAGAUGCAGCAAAGCCACCAAUAUUGCAGCGUUCGUUAACAACUCCUUAAUUAUAUUGUGGCCUGAAGGAAUUGAAUACGAACACGCUCUGGUUGCAAUAACCGAUGCGGCGCCAUAUAUGGUUGAUGCAAUGAGAUCUUUGAAGACUUUGUUUUACAAGAUGCUUCAUGUAACAUGUUUCGCGCAUGGCCUUCACCGUGUUUGCGAAUUUAUUCGUAGCAAAUACGAAGACGCUUAUAUCGUGCAUAAAAUCAAUUUUCGUAAAGGUACCAUCUCGCCGAAAGAAAUUUAAAACAACGUAUCCUCAACUACCAUUGCCACCAAUCAACAAUACGUUGGGGCACUUGGCUGAAGGCAGCCGAAUAUUACAACGAGAACUUUUUUGAAAUAAAAUCCUUGGUAGAGAGCUUGAGUGAUGCAGACAGCGAAUCGAUUCGCAUCGCUAAAAAUUUGCUUGCAAACGAUACAUUUGUUAGUGACUAACAGCCGCACUCAGAGUCGUUUAAUGAUUACUUAAGGUGUCCCUCAGUAACGAUUUGAAAAAAUUCCCUCUCAGAGUCAGCUAAUGUUUCAUUAACGGCAUUUAAUGAACAUUAAAAUUUUUAAAAUAGUGGAAAAAUGUCCGAUCUAGAAGACUUCAUGGACUUUGCGGAUUAUGUAAGAAGGCACAGGGAAGUGGGAUUGAGGCGCUAUCUUCGAGAUUAUUCUGAUCCUUUCACGAAGUACUCAAAUCGGGAAUUCCAUGCACGAUAUAGAUUUACGCCUGAAACUAUUAAGAAUGUUAUUUUGCCUUUGGUGUCUUCUGAGUUGGAUAAGCCAACCAGAAGAGGAUUACCAUUUCACCCGGAAAUAAUGUUAUUGGUAACACUUCGAUAUUAUGCCACUGGCAGUUUUCAGAAACUGGAUGGAGAUGUGAUGAACAUAUGUCAACAGUCAGUUUCGCGAAUAAUUUUUCAAGUCUCUACUUCAAUAGCGCGAAAAACCAAAGACCUCGUUAAAUUUCCAUCUACUGCAGAAGAAUUUAAUAGAGUAAAGUAGGGCCAUAUUUUGUAUUCUGAAUUUCGUUAAUACAUAAUAAGUAUUUUUACAUACUAUGUAUAAAAAUGCUUAAUUAUUGUUGCACAUUUUUAUUUGUAGGCAACAGUUUUAUGAAUUGGCUCAUUUUCCUGGAGUAAUUGCGUGCGUAGAUUGCACACAUAUUAAAAUAAGAAGCCCAGGAGGAUUAUCUG